GUCCUAGUCGAGAUUCUAGGAGGUUCAACCAGCGUCCAGCGACAAGUAACUGUGCCGUGUCGUGUGUGUAUAGUCAGUUUUCUGUUACUUCCCAGCUAACCCUACUCCUUCGAACGGCCUGCGACCGUUUUUUAAAAAUCAACUCAACUUGUGAUUUACGUUUUGUAAACAAAAAUGAAGCCAUUUCUGAUUGCCGCCGUGCUGCUCAUCUCGACGGUGUCCGCCUCUUGGCAUGGCGCUGUCUCCACACAAUACCAGCAUCUGGACCCUCAUAGCCAUACCUAUUCAUACGGUUAUGCCGAUCCGAACUCACAGAAGCACGAGACUCGAGCUCAUGAUGGCACCACACGCGGCUCCUAUUCCUAUGUUGAUGGGCACGGUCAUUUGCAAUCUGUAUCAUACACUGCUGAUCCACAUCAUGGCUUCAAUGCCGUUGGCACCAAUCUGCCCCAAGCUCCAGCUGUACCCCAUGUUGCUCCUGUCUAUGCCGCUGCUCAUGGCCAUGCCGCUUACGUGCCAUAUGCUCACGGAAUCCACAUCCCGGUUCUGACCCACGGCGGCGUGCCCGUUGACACACCCGAAGUUCAGCACGCCAAGGCUGCCCAUGCUGCUGCUCAUGCCGCUGCCGCUCACAACGCUGGUGGUCAUCAUCUUUACAAGCGUUCGAUCUAUGGUGGUGGCUGGGCCUAUGGCGCUGCUCCUGCCCACGUACCCCUCACCCAUGGCGGUGUCCCAAUCGAUACACCCGAUGUCCAGGCUGCUAAGGCUGAACACUAUGCUGCCCAUGCCAAGGCUCUGGGUCAGGUGGCUCACGCCCAUGGUGCUCCCGUCGAGACUCCCGAGGUCCAGCAUGCCAAGGCCGCUCACUUUGCCGCCCACGCUGCCGCUCGUUCUGGCCAUGCCAUCGCUCCCAUUGCCCACGGUGGCUAUCACGUGCCUGUGAUCCACAAUGGAGUGCCUGUCGAUACCCCCGAAGUGCAGCACGCUAAGGCCGCUCACUAUGCCGCUCUUUCUCAGGCCUCAGCGCACGGUAGUUCUCACAGCUCCUGGGAUGAUGGUCGCUAUGACGGUCGUUGGGAUGCCAGCCACGAUAGUCACGCCCAGAGCUAUUCCUCUGGCUAUGCGCAUAAGGGUCCCAUCCACAUCCCAGUCAUCCACAAUGGUGUGCCCGUUGAGCCCGCAGAGGUGCAGCACGCACGCGCUGCUCAUCUGAACGCUGUGGCAGCAGCCAGUCAUGGUGGUGCUUCCCACGGUGGCUACUAUGGUGGCUCUGCGCAUGAGGAUGAUGGUCAGUACCGCGAGCAAUACAACCAUUACUAAGUUGAGGAUCUGCCAGAGUCUGCCAUUAACCACAAUGAUAACGACGAGCUUUUCUAUAUAAUCUGCCCGACACUCUAACGACUACCGAAGGCAGCUAUCUCUUUUACGCUACCUGUCUAACUAUCUGCAACUACAUAUUUCCAUCACUGUCAUA